GGCCCCCCAGCCCCCACCUCCUGUCUCACGACAUGAACCUCCUCUACCGAAAAACCAAGCUGGAGUGGAGGCAGCACAAGGAGGAGGAGGCCAAGAGGAGCUCCAGUAAGGAGGUGGCUCCUACAGGCUCAGUAGGGCCCGGGGCUGGCCCAGGGCCUGGGGUCCGUGUGCGGGACAUCACCUCUCUGCGCCGCUCCCUCAGGAUGGGCUUCAUGACAAUGCCCGCCUCCCAGGAGCACACUCCCCACCCCUGCCGCAGCGCCAUGGCCCCACGCUCCCUCUCCUGCCACUCGGUGGGCAGCAUGGACAGUGUGGGUAGUGGGCCUGGGGGAGGCGGUGGGGGUCUCACUGAGGACAGCAGCACACGAAGACCCCCGGCCAAGCCUCGGAGACACCCCAGCACCAAACUCAGCAUGGCAGGGUCUGGGGCAGAGACGCCUCCUAGCAAGAAGGCAGGCUCACAGAAGCCAGCCCCAGAGGGCCGGGAAUCUAGCCGGAAGGUUCCUCCACAGAAGCCCAGGCGAAGUCCCAACACUCAGCUCUCUGUCUCCUUUGAUGAGUCCUGUCCCCCAGCCCCCUCUACUCGAGGGGGGAUCCUGCCCCUUCAGCGCCUCAAUAGAGGGUCCUGCAUCACUGGGGACCCUGAGGUGGGUUCCCAAGAAGAAGAGCCAGUGUAUAUUGAGAUGGUGGGGGACGUCUUCAGGGGAGGAGGGAGAAGUGGAGGGGGCCUGACUGGGCCCCCUCAUGGGAGUGGGGGCCCGACCCCUCCAGCUGGCACUGACUCAGACUCAGAAGAGAGUGAGGCCAUAUAUGAGGAGAUGAAAUAUCCGCUGCUCGAGGAGGCAGGGGAAGGCCGGGCCAAUGGAGCCCCUCUGCUGACUGCUACCUCCUUGCCACACCAGCCUCAUGCCCUCCAGCCCCACACCCACCAUCGUCCAGCCUCAGCCCUUCCAAGCCGCAGGGAUGGGACACCCACCAAGACCACUCCUUGUGAAAUCCCCCCACCCUUCCCUAACCUCCUCCAACAUCGUCCUCCACUUCUGGCCUUCCCCCAAGCCAAGUCUGCUUCCCGAACCCCUGGCGAUGGGGUCUCGAGGCUACCAGUCCUCUGCCACUCCAAGGAGCCCGUGGGCUCCACCCCAGCUCCCCAAGUGCCUGCCCGAGAGCGAGAGCGGGAGACGCCUCCCCUACCACCUCCGCCUCCUGCUGCCAACUUGCUGCUGCUGGGACCCUCGGGCCGGGCCCGGAGCCACUCAACACCGCUGCCACCCCAGGGCUCUGGCCAGCCUCGGGGAGAGCGGGAGCUCCCCAAUUCCCACAGCAUGAUCUGCCCCAAGGCGGCAGGGGCGCCGGCAGCCCCUCCUGCCCAGGCCACCUUGCUUCCCGGACCCCCCAAGGACAAGGCAGUGUCUUAUACCAUGGUGUACUCAGCAGUCAAGGUGACCACCCACUCCGUCCUGCCAGCUGGGCCUCCCUUGGGUGCUGGGGAGCCAAAGACAGAGAAGGAGAUCUCAGUCCUCCAUGGGAUGCUGUGCACCAGCUCAAGGCCCCCUGUACCUGGGAAGUCCAGUCCCCACAGCGGAGCCAUGGGCACAGCAGCUGGGGUUCUCCACCACCGGGGCUGCCUGGCCUCCCCACACAGCCUUCCGGACCCAACUGCAGGCCCCCUGACCCCUCUCUGGACUUACCCAGCCUCAACAGCUGGGCUUAAGAGACCCCCUGCCUAUGAAAGCCUCAAGGCUGGGGGGGUGCUGAAUAAGGGCUGUGGAAUGGGAGGCCCAUCCCCCAUGGUCAAGAUCCAGCUGCAAGAGCAAGGGACGGAUGGGGGUGCCUUUGCCAGUAUCUCCUGUGCCCACGUCAUCGCCAGUGCAGGGACACCAGAAGAGGAAGAAGAGGAGAUGGGUGCCGCAACAUUUGGGGCAGGCUGGGCUCUGCAACGGAAGGUCCUGUAUGGAGGGAGGAAGGCAAAAGAGCUGGACAAGGUUGAGGACAAUGCCCGGGCCUGGAAUGGCAGUGCUGAGGGUCCAGUCAAGGUGGAGCGUGAGGACAGGGGUCCUGUGACAUCAGGGAUCCCAGUGAGGAGCCAGGGGGCAGAGGGCCUGCUGGCCAGGAUCCACCAUGGAGGGGACCGAGGAGGGAGUCGUUCGGCGCUGCCCACACCCUGCCAGACCUUUCCGGCCUGCCACCGAAAUGGAGACUUCACUGGAGGUUACCGCCUGGGGCGCUCUGCCUCCACCUCUGGAGUCCGGCAGGCCGCGCUCCACAACCCCCGGCCCUGCAGUCAGCCCCGGGAUGUCCCAAGCCAGACCCACCCUUCACUGCCGCUGCCUCUGCCCUUGCCGCCCCAGCCUGCCCGAGAGCGGGAUGGCAAGCUGCUGGAGGUGAUCGAGCGCAAACGCUGCGUGUGCAAGGAGAUCAAGGCGCGCCACCGCCCGGACCGGGGCCUCUGCAAGCAGGAGAGCAUGCCCAUCCUCCCCAGCUGGAGGCGGGGGCCGGAGCCCCGAAAGUCCGGCACCCCGCCUUGCCGCCGGCAGCAUACUGUCCUCUGGGACACUGCCAUUUGAGGAGGGCGGGAGGCCCGGGCACCAGGACUGGGGAGCAGAGCGGGGCUCUCCAAGAGACUUGCCUUGAAAGAGGGACACUUGAAGGAUCAGGUGAGAGAGAGCCAGGAAGAACCCCUGCCCUCCAUCCUAACCCCCGGAGACGGGGAGUCUGCAAGGCCCAUUGGGGUUGGGGCACUAGCAGCACCCCAGAAAUUUGGAGGAGGAUUUGCUUGGAGCUGGGAGUGAGGUCCUCGCUGCUCUCCCCACUGAGCAUGGUAGACCCCUCCUGAGAGGGCAGAGGCCAAGCCAGAGGUUAGC